GCCCAGAGCAUGAUGACCAAGAACGAGCCCAUGUUCAUCUCACGUUCGGAGACAUUCAAAUUUAUCACCGGCGAGACAAUAGUGCUGCCCUGCGAGGUGGCCAACACGGACACGUACGUUGUGGCCUGGAAGCGUGGAAUCGCCAUAUUGACCGCCGGAUCCGUGAAAGUAACGCCCGAUCCCCGAGUGCGUUUGGUCAAUGGAUUUAAUCUGCAGAUACGCGACGCUCUGCCCACGGAUGCCGGUGAUUAUAUCUGCCAGAUUGCCACUAUGGAUCCCCGGGAAAUCACCCACACGGUCGAGAUACUCGUGCCGCCGAGGAUUCAUCACAUUAGCACCGGCGGACAUUUGCAAGUCAAGAAGGGCUCGUCGGUGCGCAUCGAGUGCUCGGCCACGGGUAAUCCAAUGCCGAAUGUGACUUGGAGCCGCAAGAAUAAUAUUUUGCCCAACGGCGAGGAGAAGCUCCACUCGCACGUCCUCUCCAUCGAGAAUGUGGAUCGGCACAAGGGCGGCGUCUACAUUUGCACUGCCAACAAUCGCGUGGGCCAGCCCGCUUCCAGCCAGGUCGUGCUCCAUGUCCUGUUUUCGCCGGAAAUCUCCGUGGAGCGUCCCGUGGUCUUUUCGGGCGAAGGGCACGAGGCCACGCUGGUCUGCAUCGUCCACGGCGAAACCCAGCCUGAGGUAAUUUGGUUCAAAGACACCAUGCAAUUGGAUACCACCGAGCGUCACAUCAUGGAGACGCGGGGAUCGCGGCACACGCUGAUUAUACGCAAAGUGCAUCCGCAGGACUUUGGCAACUACUCCUGUGUGGCCGAGAAUCAGCUGGGGAAGGCACGCAAGACCCUGCAGCUGAGCGGAAAACCGAACGUGGCCGUUUUUAAUUCACCGCCAAUCAGUCAGUACAAGGACAGAUACAACAUCUCCUGGGCCGUCGACUCGCAUUCGCCCAUCGAGGAGUACAAGCUGUCCUUCCGCAAGUUGCCGCAAGGACACGAGGUCGUUGGCAAUGCCAUCGACUCGCCCUCCUCCUCCUCCUCAAUGUCGAUGUCCUCCUCCUCCUCCUCCUCCCAGAUGUACGGCUCUGGCUCCGGGCUACACGGCCAUCGGAUUGGCAGCAACAUGGGCGGACUGUCCGGAUUGUCUGGCAGUGGCAGCUACUCCGGCUACGGCAACGUGAUGCACUGGGGCCACAACGACUGGCGCGACGUCGUCCUGCCGGCCGUUCCCGUUUCGCACCACUACGCGCAGGGCAUGAGCUACAUGGUGCGCGGCCUGGAUCCCGACCAGCACUACGAGGCCACCGUGCAGUCCAGGAAUCGUUACGGAUGGAGCGAUUUGACCAACAGUUUUGUCUUCUCCACAUCAUCGAAUGAUGGACCUGUCGAUCUGUCAACCUUUUUGAAUCACGGUCUGUCAGAUAACGAGAUGAGGGAUCUGAGCGUCACCUUCUACGGCAGCAGCGCCAUCAACCGGCAGAAACUGGGACUACUGGCCCUGAGUUCCGCCACUUUGGCUUUGAGCCUCCUGGUGGCCUAAUUGCUUUCUAUUUCGAUUUCGAUUUCGAGCCGAGUUACGUUACGAAUUUCACCGCCAAUAGCAGUAAAGCGAAUCGUUUGGAGACAACUGGAGUCUGGAUAUUGGAGAUUGGCUACUGCACAACACUCUCUAAAGGCCUAAGAUAGGCAUAGGCUAAGAUUUCUCAUUGUUCGAUUCGAAUUUCUCAAGCAAAGUUUAGUGAAUUAACCAAGAAAACGGAACCAUACAUUAUACAUGUAACAAUCAAUGUAAAAGAGCAUGCAACUGUUCAAACUAGGACCCAUAAAGCAAACAUAACACACAUAACACUCACAUUCGCCGACCAUUCCAGCACUCAGAAAACAAAAGAAAAACAACCAGUGUACAUAGAUUUUAUUGCAUACUCCUAGGUAUAAACUGCACCAAAGAAAUAGUCACUCGACAGGAGAAAAUGAA